GCCGGGUAUUUGCACAAUCGUCCGGUCGUUUCACCGGCUACUGUCUCUCGAGAAAAAGAUGGGAUGUGGAAUGGGCGCUCAGCGUCGGCACAACCUAUGGUCUGCGUGUCCUUCCGUGUCGUCUUGGACUUGAGGUCACUUCGCUUCACCUACGUCUUUUCCUUGCAAGCAUGGUCUUCAUUUAUCUCCAGAGUCCAAACCACCUAUCUGCUCACCAAGGACGGCAUUGCGUUUGUUCUCGCACCUCUUGUUCGUUUGAAGAUUUCCGGUACCACUGAGAUUGAUCUCUGCUGCACUCCAGAUGGUCGUCUUGCUGGUGCUUCACAGCGCGUGCCUGCCAGUGCUCGGCCACAGUUUAUCGCUCUGCG